AUGGGCGGCUUACAGAAGGUGUCCCUCAAGGACACAUGGAACCUGUUCCAGCCGGAAGAGAGGAGGAACAUCGUCAUCUACAUUGCGGGCAUUAUGCUGUACAAGUUCGGGCUGGAGGCUUUCAACGGAUCGAUUGUUGCGCUCGCGACGAACAAAUGGGAUGCUGUUGAGGGUAUUGCCAGGCCGUUCGAACGGCUUGGUCUUUUGACCGGUCUCAAUCAGGCUUGCCAGUGUAUUGGAAGCAUCUUGAUCGCUCCACUGAUCAAGCGGUAUCCUACCAAGAAUGUCCUCUCGAGUGCUAUCAUCGUGUUUGGUCUCCUUACCGCCAUCUUGCUCAUCGUUGAUGCAGCAACCGGUGGAAGUAUCAAGCCUGCUACGUGGUCUACCAUGUCAUACACGGGAUGGAGCGACACUCACGAGAGAGACGACUUCGGAUACUACGGUGACUGGAAUGCCGAUGGUCUCAUCCCAGUCUACUGCAUCACUGGAGUCGCGUACGGCAUGGUCGAGCUCAUCCGUCGAGUGAUCCCAAGGGAUAUCGUUGGUGGCAACGUCCAGAAGCUGAGGCGUAUGGACUCCAUCGUGCACAUCUUCUACGAGAUUGCAGGUACCGCCGGUGCUUUCUGCACUGCGCUUGGGCUCAUCCCAUACUUCGGCAACAACAUGAGUUUCAUCAUCACGCCCAUCUGCUUCGCCUGCGCCGCUGUUGUCUGGUUCUUCAUCAGCAAACUGCACUUCCAUAAACCACAGGCGCUAGAGAGGUCGGAGAGGUCCAUGGCAAGUUACUUGCGCAGCAUCGGAAAGAGCAUCUACCUCUUCGGUCUCUCCGCAUACUCUGGUGUCCUGAUCGUCUUCUCUAGCAGGAAAUUCAUCUGGCUCCUGCCUGGAUACGCCAUCGCACUCUACGGCCAUCGUUACCUCGAGAACGGUAUCGCACCACUCAUCGCCCGCCGCUACCUUGGCAACUCUGCCUUCUCGCAGAUCAUGGUCGGAGGCUCCAACUUCGGUGAACUUCUUGGCGCCUUGACUGUGUUCCUCUUCACCAAUGUGGUCCACACACCAAUGCCUUGGCUCCGACUGGACGCACUAUGUCUGCUUAUUGUAUGGUAUCUGGCCUUCUGGUACCCCCCGGAGAACGACGUUCGCCAGGCCUGGAUCGUGGCGGCAACUUUCAUUCCAAUCUCGUUCGGGUGGGCAGCCGGUGAUGUGUCGCUCGCUGCUUAUAUUCAAGCCUCGUUGGCUCGCUUGGAGAGUAAGACGAAGGAUGUCAGUGCCCUCGGUGCUGUCAUGUCCUUCCUCUACUGCACAUACAUUGUGCUCUAUGCCAUCCUCAACCCUAUGCUAGGACGACACGUCGACAACGUCUACCUGGCCUCGGGUGAGACCGACAUCCACCCGGCGAUCUACAACGUCGCUGGUGUGCAGUUCACUGUUCUGUGUAUCAUAAUGUUAUUGGCAACACUCAUCCCCAAGGUUGCCAUCAGCUUUAACCCACCUGCCCUCUACGGCGAAGCACUCGACAGCGACAUCGACGGCCUCAUCGACCGCGACUCUUCAGAUAUGGAUGAGAAGAACGACCCCAUCCGCAAGGGCAGCGUCACCGCAGGCCUUGAAGAUGCCAUUAUGCCAGAAGAGCCAAGUCGUGCUACGGUCGUCAAGAAGACGUCGAAGAUCAGCGAGCAGGCGUACAGAUCUUAG